AUGUCGGGUCGCGGCGCAACGAGCCGGAAGGCUAUCAAGAAGAAUAUUGAAAAGACCGAAAAGAAAAAGGAGGCGAAAGACUUUGCCGAUGAGCUGGCCAGGCCUCCCUCGGAAUCCGGCUGGAAUCUUCCCCAUCGAGGCACUUCAUCAAACCGUCGAGGCUCUUUGACCGCUGCGAGCGUCAGCACCCAUAGCUCCGACAGAUCCAGAGGAAGCGACAAGAUCAGAGCUGCCACCCCCGGCCUUUUCGGCAUCGAUCCGAAGGAUCCCAAGCGAUAUGCAGUCAAAGGCAAGGAAACCGCCGCCCCUAGAGGCCGCGGUGGUGGAGUGCCGCCCAAGACCGCGCAAUCGGAGACGCAUCAUUCCAACACCAGUUAUGACUCCGACCUGGCUUCUCCAACCGGUGCAUCGCCUCAACUGUCAUCACGGGAGAAGGUUUGGGCAAACAUGAGGAUUUGGCACGGAAACGGCCAGCCAACCCAGCGAUGGAGAGGAUUUGAACACGAUUCCGACAUGUACAUGCCCUCUGGAGACUGUCUUGUCUAUUUUGGUGAAGACAGCGGGCACAGCGAAGCCCGUCCCAUGCUGCGCGUCCAUGUUGACAAGCUUCAAGAAGCACGGUCAUCUUUCCUGAGUAAUCUCGUCACUUAUGGCGAAGUUGACCAGGAAGAAUACUCUCCUCCGCCAAGUGUCGCAGGCUCCGCCACCUCCCCACCGGCCUACCCUCUGACUUCUUCCAAUCUGGGCUAUCUUGAUGAAGACACAAUAUCACCUAUACCCGCACGAGACACUUCGGAUCGUGGCAUGGUGUCACCCACCCGACAAUUGGCCUCUCAGUCCCUGCGUUCUUUCGAGAGUGCCUAUGGAGGCAACCCCCUGUUUCGAAACCCUCACCUUUCAGCCUUUCCAACGCCGCCUCGUUCACGGACGCAAAGUGACGUUGCAUCUUCAGCAGAUCUGAGUAACCAGGAGGUCGAAAUCACGCACGAGAUCUGGUUCCCUGCCCCGUCCUACAUCAAGACCCCUCAUGCGCAACGCCGGCACCACCUCGCAACCAGGAAUUUUCUCGCCCUGUUGUACAACAAGCCGAUCGCCGGGACAGAUCUAUUUGAGAUGCUUUCAGAGCUUCAAAUGGUCAUGGACAUCAUGUACGAGUUGAACGAGCCUAACAGACGUCCGAACGUUGCCGCAAUAAUCGUCGACUACCUCGUAGGCAGACGCCUCGAUGAUGUAAGAGGCAACCUGACCAAUGCACUUAGCUUGCUUGCAUGGAGCGAAAAGCUUGAUGUUGGAUGGGAGCAAGGAUACCUCGAGUCGUAUGUUCACGCUGUGGGAAUGUUGACCCAAAGCACAUUCGAACGCCCAGAGUUUAAGAGACUUUCGCCAGUGACCCGACACAAUCUCGAGAAGGCCUACAAUGGUAUGCAGAUUAAGAUAUUGAAUGCGGAGGAAAAACUUGGUACAUUUUCGUUUCCGGAUCUGUGGCAUCUACCCAACGUCGUCGCCAACAGUGCAGCCUUCCGAGCAUCAGAGGCCUUCCGUGGCUGGCUCAAGCAGUAUUUCACCCACAUGCACGAGCAAUGGCCGCCAAAGAUCAACCAAAACGGACACUGGGUCACCAGGGAACUCAUCCAAAAGCUCCAGGGUGAUUUUGGUGCCAUCUACGACGUGCUCGUCAACCGUGAUAUCAUCUGGACGGACAACGAGGCCCGGCAUACGCGCAAGUGGGAAAUGGCCAGCAAGACGGCUCUAACGGACAUCUUCUCACCAGACCUUCCCGGAAUGCCGAUCACGGACAUGCUCAUCAGCUUCGACAACCAGCAUGGCUACCUCCAUAUCCCGCACCCAUACCCCCUCCUCCCCCGUCGUGUAUCAUCGCUCACAGCCGCACCAGCCAAGAAGAAAAACAUCUUCAGUCUCGGAAAAAAGGACAAAACGGCAACCGCCCGGGAUCCGUCCGAGCAAAUGAAGAUAUCCCUGGCCUUCGGCGACGCCACAAACAUCAACAAGCUGGGCAUGACGCUCGCGGCCAACGACCUCCGCGACUCGUUCCUCGAGUACGAAAAGGCCGUCGCCGCCGAGCUCCGCGACGUGCCCGCCGCCGACGCCCGCCUCGGCCGCUGGCUGCUCCUCUACGGCAUCCUCCAGGUCCUGUCCACCCUCUCCGUCGACACCGAGGGCCUCAAGUACGACAACAACAACGCCCGCGUCGAGGUCCCCGUCCCCUACUUCACCUCCCCUUCCCUCGACAACUGCCCCCCCUGGCCCCCCGCCCGCAGCCUCACGGGCACCCGCCGCGUGCCGUCGACCGUCGAGGUGCGCGAGGCGUCGCAGCGUCAGAGCCACUGCUGGACCGCGCCGCUCAGGUGGGACGGUGGCGGUGGGGGCGGCGGCGGGGGCGGUCGCGAGACCCCUGCCGUCGAAUUGAACGCGGACGUGGCGAACGACGAUGGGACUGGGAGAAGCGGCGGCGGCGGCGGCGGCGGUGGUGGCCAUGGCCGCGGCGGCAACAACAACAACACCACUCUCUUCCCCCCAUCACAACCACCAGCUUCCCCACGUUCUGGCGGCCACGGCCACGGCAACGCCAACGGCCACCACGGCCACCACGGCCGCAUCAUCUCCGAGCUCGACGGCCGCCUGCUCAACGACCGCGACCGCAAGCUGCGCAUGCACCAGUUCGAGCAGAAGCUCCUCGCCCAGCGCCGCGAGUUCGACGAGUACGAGCUGCGCCACGGCGGCGGCGGCGGCGGCCUGCACGAGCGGGUGCUCGGGGGUCAGCAGCAGCAGCAGAAUCAGCAGCAGAGGAACAACGAUCUCGUGCUCAGCGGCGGCGGCGGCGGUACUGGCGAUGAUGCGGCGGCGGAUCGCGAACACGACGAAGCGCUGCUCCCGCCGCCGCUGCGCUCGCCGCCGCCGCCGCUGGUGCAGAGUGGUAGUGCUAGGCGCGGUGCGGUCGAGAAGGAGUAUGGGUACGGGUAUGGCUAUGGCUAUGGCUAUGGCGAUAGCAGGGGCCGCUCUGAGCAGCGGAGGGAAGAGGCGAGGCCGGAUGUCCCGCCGCGGAGCCCGUUUAGGACCAGUCCGCCUGGGUCGAGGGCCGGUGGUGGUGGUGGUGGGUUGGGUGCCGGCGCGACUAGGGAGCAAAAGGACAUGCCUAGGCGGUUGAUGGAGUAUUUCGUCGAUGACGAUUUGGUCGAGGCGGAGGGGGAGAGGGAGGGGGAGAUGUUGCCGGGGUAUGCGCGGUGA